UUUCCACACACCAAUGUGGGAGCAGAACGAAACCAGCGAUCGCUCAAGCAAGACUUGUUUCAUCGUUUAAGUUUUUCCUGUUUUUGAGGUUGUGUACCUUUGCGGUUUCCCGAAUCUAAAUCUGUGUAGAAAAAUGGCCCUCCACGUACCAAAAGCACCCGGUUUUGCUUCCAUGCUCAAGGAAGGAGCUCGUGCAUAUUCCGGUCUUGAGGAGGCGGUUUACCGUAAUAUUAACGCAUGUAAAGAGUUUGCCAGUUCUGUGCGAUCUGCUUACGGACCAAACGGCAUGAAUAAGAUGAUCAUAAACCACAUUGAAAAACAAUUUGUCACAUCUGAUGCGGGAACCAUCAUGCGUGAGCUUGAUGUAGAACACCCGGCAGCAAAACUUAUGAUUCAGGCAAGUCAAAUGCAAGAAGCAGAAGUAGGUGAUGGCACAAACUUCGUUGUUGUGUUCUGUGGUGCUUUACUGGAGGUUGCAGAGGAACUUCUGCGACUCGGAGUAACCACCAGUGACAUAACUGAAGGUUAUGAAAAAGCCUUGGACAAAGCUCUAGAGAUCCUGCCGAAACUCGUUUGUCACGAGGUCAAAGAUUUCAGAAACGAGGAACAAGUGAAGGAAACGAUCAGAGCAUCGGUCAUGUCGAAGCAAUUGGGCUUCGAAGAUUUUAUCUCAGAAUUAAUCACAAAGGCUUGUGUAUCAAUUCUGCCGGAGAAGACCACUUUCAACGUUGAUAACGUUCGUGUCUGCAAGAUUUUGGGCAGUGGACUACACACCUCAGAAGUCGUUCACGGAAUGGUGUUCAAAAGAUUUGUUGAGGGAGAGGUUUCUUCCGCAAAUGAUGCAAAGAUUGCUCUGUACUCAUGCCCGGUGGACAUUAUCCAAACUGAAACCAAAGGAACUGUGUUGAUUAAGUCUGCUGAGGAGUUGAAGAGUUUCAGCCAAGGUGAGGAGAAUCUACUGGAAACCCAGAUUAAAGCUAUCGCUGAUACUGGUGCAAAGGUAAUUGUAGCUGGAGGAAAAUUUGGCGAUAUGGCUCUUCACUACAUGAACAAAUACGGUCUGAUGGCAGUUCGACUGAAUUCUAAAUUUGAUUUGCGACGUUUGAGCAAAGCUGUCAACGGAACCGUCCUGCCGCGUCUAACCCCACCAAGCUCGGAGGAACUUGGAUAUUGUGACAAAGUAUUUGUUAACGAGGUUGGAGAUACUUCGGUUUGUAUUUUCAAAUCUGAAGGUGCCGAUAGUAGAAUCGCUACAAUUGUAAUCCGCGGGUCGACCGACAAUUACAUGGAUGAUAUUGAACGUGCAAUCGAUGAUGGUGUCAACACCUUUAAGGGACUCUCCCGUGACGGUCGUUUCCUGCCUGGAGCAGGUGCUACCGAAGUCGAACUUGCACAACAAUUGGCCGAGUAUGCCGAUACAUUACCAGGCUUGGAGCAAUAUGCCGUCCGCAAAUUUGCUGUGGCAUUGGAGGCUUUCCCCAAGGCUCUGGCUGAGAACAGUGGUGUCAAUGCUACUGACGUAUUGAAUAAACUCUAUCUAGCUCACAAAGAGGGCAAGAAAAAUGAAGGAUUCGAUAUUGAUGCUGAGUUGCCAUCGACGAUCGAUGUCACGAGCUCUAAAAUCUUCGACUUGUUCCAGACCAAAUACUGGGCCUUGAAAUACGCCGUUGGAGCUGCUUGCACGAUCCUAAAGGUGGAUCAAAUCAUCAUGGCAAAGAGAGCCGGUGGACCUAAGCCUCGGCAGGGUGGUGCGAAUAGCGAUGAUGAAUCAUAAGCUUGAAAUAUAAUCACUACAUGUUAGUAUAACGAACGAUCUUACAUUACGAUUUUUUGUAAUAAUAUUCACAUUUUCACGCUAUCAUCAAAACUAAGCAAGAACAAACGCUGAAAUUUUUAAGAUUAAUUUUAUCUAACAUCUGAAAACCUAAUUAGCACAUUUCUUACUGCUUCUCGUACCAACCAGUUGUAUAAGAAAUACACGUUUUUUCAUUGUGUUGGGAAUCAUUUAA